AUGCUGCAGUUGAGCAAGGAAAACGACGCCAGGCUUGGCUACAGGAUCUGCGAGCCUGGAGGACUUCCGGGAGCUGAUCUAGAAGCAGACAUCACGGAUUCCAGUUAUCCCAGGGAAAGCCACACAACUUCUGGGUUCUCUUCCCGCCACGAGAUGGAAAUCAUUUCCCGAGGGCCGGUGACCGUCGGGCCGCCGCCCGCGGGAGCCGAGUGCCUGAACCGCUUCACCGCCGGGGUGCCUGCCUUCGUGCUGGACACCAACGCCUCGGUCAGCAACGGGGCCACCUUCCUGGAGUCCCCCCCGGCGCGCCGCGGCUGGGACUGCGUGCGCGCCUGCUGCGCCACCCAGAACUGCAACCUGGCGCUGGUGGAGCUGCAGCCCGACCGCGGGGAAGACGCCGUCGCCUCCUGCUUCCUCAUAAACUGCCUCUACGAGCAGAACUUCGUGUGCAAGUUCGCGCCCAGGGAGGGCUUCAUCAACUACCUCACGCGGGAGGUUUACCGCUCCUACCGCGAGCUGAGGACCCAGGGCUUCGGAGGGUCCCGGAUCCCCAAGGCCUGGGCAGGCAUAGACUUGAAAGUGCAACCCCAGGAACCCGUGGUGCUGAAGGAUGUGAACAACACAAAUUGGCACCUACUGCAGGGUGACACGGAUGUCAGGGUAGAGAGGAAAGAUCCGGACCAAGUGAAGCUGUGGGGACUCAAGGAAGGUACCUACCUGUUCCAGCUGACAGUACCUGACUCCGACAAGCCAGAGGACACAGCCAAUGUCACAGUCACUGUGCUGUCUGCCAAGCAGACAGAAGACUACUGCCUUGCAUCCAACAAGAUAGGCCGCUGCCGGGGCUCCUUUCCCCGCUGGUACUAUGACCCCAUAGAACAGAUCUGCAAGAGUUUCAUUUAUGGAGGUUGCUUGGGCAACAAGAACAAUUACCUUCGAGAAGAAGAGUGCAUGUUAGCCUGCCAGAAUGUGCAAGGCCCCUCCGUGGAAAGGCGCAAUCCAGUCUGCUCUGGCACCUGUCACCCCACCCAGUUCCGCUGUGGCAAUGGCUGCUGCAUUGAUGGUUUCCUGGAAUGUGAUGACACCCCCAACUGCCCUGACGCCUCUGACGAGACUACCUGUGAAAAAUACACCAGUGGCUUUGAAGAGCUCCAGAACAUCCAUUUCCACAGUGACAAAGGACACUGUGUGGACCUGCCAGACACGGGACUCUGCCAGGAGAGCAUCCCACGCUGGUACUACAACCCCUUCAACGAACGCUGUGCCCGCUUUACCUAUGGCGGUUGUUAUGGCAACAAGAACAACUUUGAGGAAGAGCAGCAGUGUCUGGAGUCCUGUCGUGGCAUCUCCAAGAAGGAUGUGUUUGGUCUGCGGCGGGAAAGCCCCGUUCCUGGCGUAGGCUCUGCGGAGGUGGCCAUUGCGGCUCUCCUGGUCACCUGCAUCGUGGUGGUGGUAGCCAUCCUGGGUUACUUCUUCUUCAAGAACCAGAGAAAGGACUUCCGCAGACACUGUCACCAUCACCAUCCACCACCCACCCCUGCCAGCUCCACCGUCUCCACUACUGAGGACACAGAACAUCUGGUCUAUAACCACACCACCCGGCCCCUCUGAGCCUGGGGGUCGCCAGCUCUCACUUGGCCCUGCUUUCUGCUUGCCAAGACAGAUACCUGGCUGGGGAAAACUUUGGGACCAGACUCCUCUUGCCUAUUUCCCAGACCUACUGUGCCUUAGCAUUCAGGGCUGUCCCCUCUUGAAGGAGUCUCAGCUAAGCUCAGGUCCUGAGAAAGCCCAGGGUCUGGGAGGAGUCUGAGAAAGCCCUUGGGCCUGAAGUGCCAGACAUAGAUGGACCUGCCUGUGUAGGAGUUUGGAGGAAGUUGGAGUUUUGUAUCCUGUUCAAAGCCGCCUGCCCCUACCCCCAUGGUGUUGGAAAGGGGGCUAGGGUAGCAUCAGAAGCUGGAGGCCCCAACCCUGUCCUCCAGGACUCCCCUUCCAUACUGCCCAGUCCAGGGCUGGGAGGAAGGACUUUGCUGUAUAGCGUUGCUGUAAAGAGUUACUUUUGUUUAUUUAAUGCCAUGGAGUGAGCGAGAAGCGGAGGGGGCUACCUGGCCUCUGCUUCCUCUCUCCCUCUUCCCCAAGAUCGAGCUCCCUGCCCUUGACCAACCUCAACCUGGCCAGGACCUGCAGACAGGCGGAAAAGCCUAAGCCGUGUCCCAGCCUCCACCCCUCUUGAACUUCCCACUGCUCCAGUCCACUCAUAGUGUAAUAAAA